CUCAUAUGUUAAACAAAUAAAUAUGUGGUGUCAUGCGACAUUAUUAGAUCUUUGAUAAGAUAAUUUCUCGUCAAGACCCGCAUAUAAUUCACUUUUAUCGAUAUUCUUAAUCAUUCCAAGCAAAAAAGGAAAAUAUGGCAGAUGAAUAUGGCUUCAAGCCAAGAUACCCGCCAACUGCUCCUCUUGCUUCGACGGACCCAGCAUUUCAUAUUAAAUGCGAACACACUUCCGUAAGGAGCCGCCAUUGUCCCCAGUGCUACCCUUCUUGGCCACCCCCACCGGGAGGUUCCUCAUAUCCCCCACCUUACUACCCGCCGCCACCCUCUGGCAUUCCAUCUUAUCCGCCAUCCCAUCAAUACCCUCCGUCUCCCCCUAGCAGACCCCAUUACCCGCCUUCUUAUUCCCCUCCUCGGCACAAGUGUCCCAUAUGUCAGUCUGUUUUGCAUGGUGGUCCGGGAAGUAACUGUAGACAGUGUCACGCUGUUGGAGUAGGCUACCCGACCGCCCCUAGCGGCGUACAGCCCCCCCGAGGCGGCACUAAAGCUUACUACUGGGUUGAUACUUUUGCGCGAGGUUCAGUCCCAUCUACCGCGCUUCAUGGUGGCCACGACGUAGAUGGGGAGGAAAUCUUCGUGGGAAGAGCGUUCCAUGAAGGUGACUGGAUCCCUGCCAAAGUGAUUCCAGGCAGGAACGUAGCUUAUGUGGCUUAUGCCGGGGGCGAGCAUGCGAAAGAUCAUUAUCAGGUUCUCUGCGAACAAAGAUUCGAUUGGAUACCGAGCUCCGGUGGUCACAUCCCUCCAGGUGCCGUGGAAGGUGGGAGAACAUCUGAUGGCGAGACCUUGUAUAUAGGGAGGGCGCAUCACGAUGGUUCUUUAACCAUUGGAAAGAUUCAUCCGAGCCAUGGGGUGUGUUACAUUCCAUUUGGUGGAAGGGAAAUUGGCCAUCAUAACUAUGAAAUAUUGGUGCUUCGAUCGUAAAUCUAUUUCUUUAAACAGUUAUUUCAUGAAGUGCUGGAUUACUUGA